AUGACCAACGGCGUGGCAAAUCAUCAUCGAAUAUCGAUCAUCUCUUCAUUCGGCUAUUUCUAUCCUCCACAUGGAUCCACCGGACUAGGCAGACCGGCACCCACUCCACAGUCGAGUACUUCGACUACACCGCUGAGGACCUUUGGAGAAGCGACGCCUUCUCCCAUUCUGGACAACAUUGCUCGCAUUACGACUCGUUCAAAGACGACUACCCAGGACAACUCCGACUCAUCGCGAUCUUCACCACCGGAAACCGUAAGUCCAGUUGAUCCUGUUCUACUCGGUGGAGGCAUGUCCUCAACCGAGGUUAAUGCCUUAUCUCAAGCUUAUAGCGGCCUUACCCUCGGGAAGCUCGCACCUAAACACAUAGAUUAUUUUUCUGGGGAAAAUUUCCAAGACUUUAACGAAUGGCAUCGUCAGUUUGAAGACAUCAUACGCACUUCCGUAGUCCCACUUCCCGAGCAAGGUAAAGUAAAUACGCUGUAUGCAACUCUAAGAGGUGAGGCGCGCGAUGUUAUAGAUGAAAUGCAACCUGAAGAUAGGAAUAACUAUGACAAAAUCAUUUCAUUUCUUCGCUCGCAUUUUGAGAAACCACAGUUUCAGGAUGCUGCCAAACGCGAAUUAGCUAAUUGUAGGCAAAACGCAGGGGAAGAUGUCUAUUCUUACAGUAAGCGCAUAAAAAAGGCCGUGUAUAACUUCAUGCGCCACGAACCUCAAACUAAAAUUCAACAAAAACUUCUGGAAGAGUUUGUGGAUCGCCUAAGAUUAGACUUGAAAUUUUUUGUUCGACCACAUAAAUGUAAAACUUUUGAGGAUGCCCUGGAGAAAGCGGCGGAUUAUGAAGCGCUCCACAAGGAAGCAUCCGACAACAACUUGGUCUACCAUCCAGAGCUGCACAUAUUCGUCCCGAAGGCCGACCUGGCGAGAAGAACGACACCGGAAACCAAUCAAGAAAGAAUGGAUCCACCAAUGGCCGACAACUUCAGACCAAGAGAGGCUACAGUAUAUGGAUAUCACGAUUCCCCAACACUAGACAGCACGAUUGGACCACUACAGGGAUGCCGCUACGAAGACGGAUCAUGCACAACCAAGGAUGGAGCGGCCGUGAUUUGGACACCAGAAUCAGAGGAAAAAUUUCACAGCGAAGCCGUUUUCGCCAAAGUUGGACUCGACUUAUGUGGACCUCUCAAAACUACAGAUAGAGAGGAACCUCCGACAACACCAACUGUAGCACCCGAAUCCUGUGUUUCGGAGACAUCACCAGGUGAUGUGCAUCUGGAGGAGGAGAAGAUCGACGUUCAGGACGUAGAGACGUCCUUGACCACGUCGAUCACCGAGUCGUCGAGUGCAAAGGAUGGGGAAACGUCCUCGAUCGCUCCUGAUGCCAAACCUCCGAUGGCAACGGAAUCACAGGACACUCAGGCAACCGGCGUCACAGUGGGCACGGUCGACAGUGCGCAAGGAUCUGAACGAUCCGUAGUCAUUCUGUGUACCACCAGGACACAAAUGGAAACAAGGACCACGAGGACGUUUUUCUCGGACGAAAAAAGGCUGAACGUGGCGUUGUCCCGUGGACGUCGAAACAUGGUCGGCCAUCGUCCGUUGGUGCCGCGAAGCUGGCGUCGUCACGGACCUCAACUUCUUCGACAACCAGAUGCGGCCGAUGUUACGAUACUGAGUCCGAGGACGGACUCUUGUUAA